AUGGACAACUUGAUGGGUCUGCUGCGGGUCCAUGUCAAACGAGGCGUAAACCUUGCUGUUCGGGAUGUCCGAAGUAGUGACCCUUACGUUGUUGUUAAGAUGGGCCAGCAGAGACUCAAGAGUCGUGUAGUAAAGAAGGAUGUAAAUCCUGAGUGGAAUGACGAUUUAUCAGCCAUAUAUAGAAGCCUUGAAAACACAUACCAAUUUGGAAGAAAUCCCAAGUGGAACCGUGCUAUCAAGAUUACAACCAGCACCUCCAACUGCCUGGCUGAGGAGAGUCCCGUAUACUUGAACGAAGGGAAGAUCGUCCAAGACCUUGUCCUCAGAUUACGAACGUGGAGUGUGGGUGAAGUGGAAAUUCAACUCGAGUGGAUUCACUUUCCUGGCUCUAAAGCGUUCCUAAGUCAAUGAAUGUUUGUGACCCCUUUAAGAUAAU